GCCGAUUGUAGAAGUAGAAGUAGAAAAUCAUCGAUAAUUAGACUCCCGCUCCAACCAGAUCGUCCUUCACACGAGCGAAACCAUCCUCCAGAACCACCACGCAACCCGAAAGAAACAAAAUAAUGGCAGAUAACCUGGACUUCCCCAAACCCCUGACCCUCAAAGAUGCAGGCGGCAGCAGUUCCCAAGGCUCCCGCCCCACCCAACAAGACCAAUACACAAUCCUCUGCCCCGACGCCUUCGAAAGCGAAACCGACCAGCUCGCGCUCUUCGCGGUUUACGACGGCCACGGAUCAAGCAAAGUCGCCAAACACGCCCGUGACAACCUCCCCUGUUUCCUGAGGCACAGUCCCGAUCUACAAACCGGGGAGUACGAGAAGGCGAUCGCCGAAGCCAUCCGGCGCGAGGAGGAGCAGCUGCUGCAUGAGUUCUGGGAGGGCGAGGACAAGCAUGCGCUGGCGGGGACGACGUUGGCGCUGGCGGUGGUGAAUCUCACGCGCGGCGUGCUGGUCGUGGGCAAUGUGGGGGAUUCGGAUGUGUUGCUGGGGGUGGAGGGGGGUGGGACUGGAGGGGGGAUGGGGAUGGAGGUGACUAGAUUAUCGACGACGCAUACACCCGAGAGUGACGGGGAGAAACACCGGGUCGAGUUGGCGGGCGGGACGGUGAAUACGGAGAGUGGGACGGCGCGAGUGGGAGCGCUGAAUAUGUCCCGCGCGUUGGGCGACCUGCGCUACAAAAACCCCCUCAACAACAUGACCCAGCGAGCCAAAAGUGGCAGCGGCAGUUCCGAAGGAGAAACCCCUGGCGCCAACGACUCCCCCCCGCAGCGCGGGGACUUCAUCUCCAGCGAGCCCGCUCUCAACCGCGUCGACCUCCGCGACGACCGUCGCUAUGUGCUGGCCCUGCUGUCGGAUGGCGUGACGAAUGUGUUGGAUGACGCGACCAUCCUCCACCGCAUCGCCGAGCUGCGGCAGUCCGGGUUCGACGCGACGCGGGCGGCGCAGAAUAUCACCGAGGGAACGACGGCGUUGCCGGGUAGUGAUAAUGCGACCUGCGUGACGCUGAAGAGCAGGCCGCAGCGCCCUACACCCACCUUCGGCCCAUUGGCCACGAGCAACAUCAUCGACAUCCGGACCGACAAGAGCGAGACCCAGCUCCGACAGUCGCUGCAGGACUCCGUCCACGCCGCGUGCCAUGGACAGGCCGCCAUGCCCGACCUGCUCCUCUGGGACGAACAGGGGCUGCGCUUCUUCGAGGAGGUGACCUUCUCCCCGGCCUAUUAUCUGACCAAUGAAGAGAUCGGGCUGUUGGAGAAGCACAAAUACCAGAUCGCGGAGCAUAUCCCGCCCGGAAGCAUGCUGGUGGAAUUGGGUAGUGGCAACCUCCGCAAGGUGAAGAUCCUCCUCGACGCACUCGACGAGCUAGGCCGCGAGGUCGACUACUUCGCCCUGGACGUCUCCCUCGCCGAGCUGCAGCGCACGCUGAGCAUGGUCCCGCCGGGGAUCUUCCAACACGUGCGGUGUUUCGGGCUGCUGGGGACCUACGACGACGGCCGCGAGUGGCUGCAGCGAUCGGACCUCCGGUCCCGGCCGAAGACCAUCCUGUCUCUGGGCUCGACGCUGGGGAGUUUCCCGCGGGCGGACGCUGCCGCGUUCCUGGCGAGCUUCGUGCACGCAGAUGCUAGCCAAGGAAGCAGCCCAUCCUUUUUGAUCGGGUUGGACGGAUGUAAAGAGCCGGCACGGGUGCUGGCAGCGUACAACGAUCCCGAGGGAGUCAAUCGUCGGUUUAUCAAGCAUGGAUUAGACCGGGCGAAUGAGAUCCUCGAGCACGAGGCAUUUGCACUCGAUCGCUGGGAUGUGGUGGGGCAGUGGAACGCGGAGAACGGCAGCCACGAUCAGUUCUAUGUCUCCACUGGGGAGGAGGAGCUGGCUAACAAGAGAGUCCAAGCGGGGACGCGCAUUCGAGCAGUGCAGAGCCACAAGUACGAUGGCGAUGAUCGAAUGGCGCUCUUUGGGAGGGCCGGGUUAGAGGAGGUCGAUGCGUGGGCAUCGGGAAGCCAGUAUCACUUACUGUUUUUGAGCAGCUGA